GGGUUUCUCCUCCAUGGCAGUCUCCUCCGCAAUAUUCCUAAAAAUAUACCCGCCUAAUGCAUUCAAUAUGUAUGAAAUAUACCAUAUGCCGGGGGCUGCAGACAAUAGGUGCUCUGUUUUAUAAAAACUCCCCUCUCCACACCCCCCUCCUUCUCACUGCUCCUUCCUCUGCCUUCUUCCUGAUCCUGGGACUGCUAAGUGACAGAAGGAGAGUGCAAGCCUGUGAGACAGUGUGUAUGGGCUUGUGUGGAGCCAACCAACUCCGGAAUAGGGGUGCGCUGGGCGGCUGUGCUCUGCAGGAAACAGAACAGGAGGAACUGAUCUCAGGAAAAGACUGAAAGGAAGAAGGUGAAAUUAUCCCAGAGGGCAAGCAGACAAACUAUUAAAAAAUCAGCAAGUGGUUUGCCGGACCCCAAACCUGUUCAUACAGCAGCUUGUCCUGUGGCCAAUAUUUCCUUUGGAGAAGUGCCUAUUUGAUUUUACAUAUCCCCAUCCUCUCUACCCUUAACUUCCAAAAAAGCCUAGGGAAAAAAAAAAAGCAUUAUGCUAUUGCUGCAAGUAAUAGAAUAGAUCUACAAUGCUUCCUUUGCAGUGGAAAAAAUGAUGUUCUAAUCCCUGUGGUUAUCAGUAAUAUAUUUGGUUUUUGUCAGAUAAUGCAAACCUAAAUGAUACACCUUGGUCAACUUGAAAGGGCCACAUUUUAAGUAGAAAAGGAAGUCUGGCGAGUAUGAAAGGUGAUUUGAUGAGGAGCUGGUGUAAACAAUUGGAGCAUUAAAGGAGAUUUUGUGAAGAAGGAAUGAUGCUGAAAGCAGAUGUGUCUUCUUUAAACACCUUGGGUGGUCCCUUGGUGGUACAUACCCAUUCCUUAAUGGAAUCUGAGCAGAAUGAAAUGAUUGGACAUGAAUCUUGGGUAAGAACCAAUGAAAAUUCAGAUCUUAACGACGAUGAUGAUGUUUUUAAGAGUCCUCAGGAAACCGAUUGUAACCAAACAACCCACUGGGAAUUAAAUGACCAAGAACCAGUGGACAAUAGAAAUGAGAUGCCUAUCUUGACUACCAACAGAGACACAUCGAGUUCGCCCGUGCCUAUAUCCUCCAAUGCACCUACAGCUGAAUCGGUUAAAACAUUGUUGAAGAUUGUCCCCAUUGCUAACAAGCCUGAAGAAGUGUACAAGUCAUCUUGGAAGACUGUGCCAUCCCCCAAGCUAAAAUUAAACUUUCAGCAGCCCAAGAAGUCUUAUAUUUCACGAAGCGUCAGCCUCACAGAAAAGGAGCUGAAGGAAGCGCAGUCUAUCAGUGACGAUUAUGCUUCCCAACUGAGCCCUACACAGAGUAGCUGUUCCAAGGGAGCACUAUUGUUUCAUCGCCGCCGGCAAAAACUAAAUGCCCUUGAGCAAAGGCAACAUGAACUUAUAGCACAGAGAGGGAACAAGGUUACUCAAGAGUCUCAAGAUCAUCAAGGAAAACAAAGUAACCAAUUCAAAUAUGAAGUGAGAAUUUUAAACUCUGUGUCAACAGAAAGUCAACGUAGGUCUUGUCCACCUCCAGUUGGAAAGAAAAUGGAAGACACAUCAUCUGACGCAGGGUAUGCAGAAGAAACGGAAAAUAGAUGGGGAGAUGACUUCAAAGAACCCGAUUUCCCACCAGUUGAUAAUAGAGCCCCCUCACCAAGUGCAUCAGAAGAAGACCCUCAAAUUUCAAUAUGUGCAAACCUGAAGGAAAACCUGACAGUGUCAGAUUCUAAUGGUUUGGUCAAUGACAUUGUUGAAGACACUAAAUCCCCUGUCAAAAGUGAGCAGAAUGGUCAAACUAAAAUGUACUCUGAAGUACAUCUGACUCUGUCCAAACCUAUCAAUGUGGCUAACAGAACAGCUAGGCCUUUUGGAUGUAAGCAGUCUUCUAAAGAAGAUCAGCCUUUAUCAGAUAAAACUGCAUUGAUAGAUCUUCUUCCACCACCAACUUAUGCUGAAACAUUGUCAAGUCCACCACCAGUCACACGUGUUCGAUCACCACCAGCAUAUUCUGCAUUAUAUCCAACACAGACUGAGCAUUUACACCCUGUAAAUCAGGUAGUAACUCAUGAAGAAGGCAGGGUGACGCCCCAGUCAAAGUCCGGAAUCUUAGAGUCACUUGCAGCCCGCAGAGGACCUAGGAAAUCGAUGUUCACAUUCAUUGAAAAGCCAAAGAUGGCACCAAAUCCUGACCUUUUGUCUAUGAUACAGACAGUAGAUGAGAGACAUUCAAAGCCCAAUAAGCAUGUAGAAACACGUGCUGAAGAUGAACCCUUUGCACUUGGGGCAGAAGCUUCCAGUUUUCAAAUCAAUAGAGAGAACAGAGCAACAGAUAAUUCAGCACCUAUUGAAAAAGUGCCUGAUUGGUCAACUGGUCUGAAGUCUCCAGAGGUCAAAGCAAAGCCACCUCCUGUACCAAGCCAAGGUCUGACAGAAGCUACAGGGAAAGGUGCAGAUUUAUUUGCUAGGAGGCAAUCCCGGAUGGAAAGGUUUGUUGUUGAGUCCCCAUCACCUUUUGAUCCUGCCAGGUCACCUUCUCCUGCCAUGUCCCUGCCACCUUCUUGGAAGUAUGCCACAAAUGCUCAUACACCUCCCUCAUUUAAUCAUUCAGCCAAAGUCAAUCAAAGAUCACCAAAACCUGCAAUGCCAGUUGCAGUAACUAAUACUGCCUCGGAGAGUGUACAGUCACAGAAAGAACUUGAGAUUUCCAAACGGCAGCCUUACCAGCUUCAGUCUUCUCUGUUUAUUCUCUCUCCAACCAAAGACCCUGUGAGUGCUCUUCCAAGAGCAGCCCCACCACCCAAGGCCAUGGUGGAAUCUUAUCGUUUAGCAAGGCAAACGUCCUGUCCAACUUCUCCACUAACUCCAUCCCCUACAGUGUAUUCACCAGCUUACUUUAAUUCAAUCCGAUCCCCUCCUGCGGUGUCUCCUUCUCCAGCCAGUGAUACCCCAAAUAAUUUUGGAAGGCAAACACCAACCAAUCAGGUUUCUACGAUAUCUCCAGUUCCUUUCUCAAGCACUGGAAUAACAUCUCCACGAACCAAAGCUGGGUACCAAGCACCUCGUCCAACAUUCUCUGCCAGAAGUGCCGGCCUGGAGUCUCAGAGAUCAAAAGAAUUUGGACCUGGGUCUCCCGUUCCAAGAAAUCUGCAACAUCGUGGAUCAUUGGAUGCAUGGAGAAGCUCUCCGCUUUCAUUCCUACCAAUCAAUGAAGAAGGUUGCAGGAGUCCAAUCCACCCUUCUCGUUCCAUGUCCCCUUCAUGGAGUGAACGUUCUCCUUCUCCGUUUAUAGGGGAGAGGGAGACUGGGAAGCAAAUGAAAGCUCUCAUUGCUCGUAACAUCAUCAACGCAGCCAAGAGGAAGAGUUCAUCCUCUGUAGGUGCUUUAAGUCCUCAGUCUCCUGUUCCAAACAGUGGAAUUUGGAGUCCAAAAUUUGGCAAUGGAACCUCUCUUCCUGAAACACCUAGAUCUAGACACUCUCCCACUGGCUCUGAAAUUUCCCUGGAUUCAGAAGAUUCUGGGGCAAAAUCACCAGGCUUCCGGGUCUAUCCAUUGUCCCCAAGGGGAUGGUAUGGCAGUUUGAAACAAAAGAGGAAUAGCUUGCCCAACAACUCACCAUUCACUUACACACCAUAGCCAAUCAUCAAUAUUAAAUCUUUAAGACAAUCUAAGUCCAUGAAUAUUGGCACAAAUCUUCACUCCAUAAAGCUAUGGAAAAUGUAAUCAACGCUUUACAAAAUCAAAAAUUCAAUCUUUUUAUAGUAAAGGCCUGGAUUAUAUUAAACAAUACAAUUAUUGGGGCUUUUCCAGUGGAAUGUUGACCAAAUAAGUAAUCAUUUUCUUCAGACAUUGUAAAUAAUAGAGCAGGGGUGGGGUCUCUCAAAGCCAUAUCUCCAAUAUACUCUUUUCCGUAAUCAUGAUUUACACUACCAAGAUAUUCAUCUACAGAAUUUGUAUAUUCAUUUACAUUUGGACCAAACAUAUGUUCUGUUUAUAUCAGCAGAAAAAACAUGGAAUGGAAGAAAUUAGAACCUUAUUAUCUAAUACUUUCAGUUCACAAAUAAUUUUCGAAAUAAUUCAGUUUUAACAUCAGUAUCUUCAAAAACUCCAUGAGAUGACACGCCCAUUGCACAUUUUUUGAUGUUUUGAAGAUUAUCCACAGUCUAACAUGUGGGUUGGACUAUUCUUACAUACCAGUCAUGGAAUAAGAGUAUAUGUGAACACUGAGGUGAGGAUCUACAGGAGGACUAUGAGCAUCAACAUAUCUUCAAGCUGCCUUUGCACUGAUGAAACCUCACAGUAUUUUACUCACAGUUGGCUUGAACUCUGCAAGUAACAUAAAAUGCACUAUGGGAACUGGUCUCAUAGAACUGCUUGUGGCCUUUGCUGGAGAGAAGAAUGGCAAUACCCUUGUGGAACAAAAAGAUGUUUGCGAUGGAAAUAUAUAUAAAUAGAUGAGCUAGUACAAGUGGCGUAAUGGCUGAGAAAGUACUAUACAAGGUAGAACAGACGGGGAAAUGACUUUUGAACUGAUAAUGGAUAAUUCGGAUGUUUAUAUCAAAGCACUGAAACUGAAGCACUGUGCAUUUUUGGAACGAGACUGUUAAUUGCAUUUAAUGCCACAUUAGGCCUGAUAACGUGGGGCUACACUCAAAGCUCAACCUGAGUGAUUUUUUUUUUUGUUUAGUAUUUUAUUUUGUGUAUUUUGUAUGGGAAAAAACAGGUGCAAUAGAAACAAGAUGCUGGCAAAAUGAGAUUGUAACGCAAUGCUGGGCUCAAGGACUCCGAUUAUGGACUACAAUGCAGACGUGAUGAUUUAUGGUUUUUAUUUAGCCUUGCAACUGUUUGACUUAUGCCUAUGUAUUGCCAUCCAGUGAUCCUGCACAAUUCAAGUAGUGGAAACCUUCAUUUGAGAAAGCAGCAUUUAAAGGGAUUGCUGAAACCACACCUCUUUAGUAUCCAUAAUAAGCCAUUUUAGGGAUUUGGAGAGUGGUAUUGCGUUCCAUUGGAAUGGCGGCGCAACUAGGGGUGCCACCUAACUGGUGGCCCAGCUGAUACAAAUAAACGUUGAUGGCAACCCUAGGUACAACCAGAUGCACCCUGGCAGAAUCUCCAUAAGGUCCAAAGGGCCUAAUUCAGCUGUAUUACAAACUUCCUGAAGCUUUUAACCAUUAGAUUUGCCACCAUAUAUAGGUUAUUAGUUUGCAGACCAAGUUAGAGGUCCAAAAUGCUAAAACUACAGCACAGAUUAAUGGGGUUAAGUAAUAAAAGGUGCAAACUUAUUAGCUACGAUCUUAUCACCAAUGACAGCCAAUCAGCAGGCAGCAUUUACUGGCCAACUUUGCGCCUGUUAUUACAUAUUGGGAAUAAAUGUCUAUAUCCGUAGGGGAGACGUAUGUUGCCAAUGGGGGGACACACAAAGGAGUAUAUUUAUAAAGGUGUGUAUAUAAAGCAUUGUCCCUGUGACCCAUAAUAACAAUGUUUCACUCUGCAAGGGAUUGCUGCAGUCUUUUGGACAUGUGGAUAGCUGUAUUACACCCACCCAGACCAGGGUAUUUCACAGUGGAAGUUACAUUCUAACACUGUAAUAAAUUAACUUAAAUUUUAGCUUUAUGUAAUGGAUUAUUCCUGUAAUUGCUACACUUUUUUUAGUGUAAAUCAUAUUACACACCUCUGUAAAUAUGCACCUAAAUGCUGGAGUUAAUCCUAAAAAUAAGGCAGCUAAUUUACCAAAAUAGGUGCUAAAUUGCGCAUUGUUAGUGCAGCUACCCAUGGCAACCAAUCACAGCUUUGCUUUCAAGUCUUCAAAACUAAGUGCUAGUUGAUUGCUAUGGGUAACUGCAUUGGAACAAUUAAUCAUCUAAAAUUGGCACCAAGGAGUUCAAGGGGAAGCUGCUGUCUUAACCCUAUUAACAAAUACAAGUGCAAUAAAGUACAGACUAUACUUAUUAGAACAAGGAAAUUAUUAUUAUUAGAGCAAUUUACACACAGUCUACACAUCUUAUCACAUUCAGUUUGUCCACCCUCCAUUACUUAUUUUCAAGGCUUUGUGGCAACAAAAUUUCUGAGGUUUCUGUCCACUGUGGACAAAAUAAUGAAAAGUGUGAGUUGCGUUGGUAAGCAUUGGAUGGCUGGGGAUUUAUCUGCGCUUCCAUAUAAACUGCAUGUGCUGAUUGUUCUUUAGAAGAUUGGACAAACCAUUUUACCCUACACUCCCCCUUUCUAGAGUGGAAUGUGCUCGCAGUUGGACAGUGAAAGACGCACGGCCAGAUGAUAGCGGUUUUAUUCUGAUUUAUGUUUGUGAAUGAAACCAAAAGAUGAUGGGGGGGGGGGGGGGGGCUGGGACUGAGUUUGAUGCCCUUGGUGUGUCUGGUGGCAACAUUUAGAUUGUAAGCUCUAUGGGGCAGGCACCCACAGAGCCUCAAUAAACAGUGCACCGUGCUGAUAGAAGGUUUAAGUGCUAUGUUAGAAUGGCAACAAUUAAACGUGCUUUGACAUUUUAUUUACAGCAAUUUUACAUUAAAGCCUUUUGCAACUUCACUUA